GGUGAGAUGAGUUUGACUGUAAAUUGCUAGACAUUCAGUUCUUACACAGAAAACCACAGCCGGGUUUCCUGUGACUGAGAAAGCAAAGUGUCAUCUUCUCUGCCAUGUUCAACAACCUAAACCACAUUCCCCCUCCUCCUUUUAGCUUAUAUAUAUUGAAGAAUGAGAUGAAAUAUGCAUUAAUACAUCGCAACCAUCAUCAUCAUCAUCAUCUACAGUCAUGUCGUCUCGUUCUCUUCUGCUGGUCCUGGUGAUUCUCGUCUGCCUUCAGUGCUUCACAAUGUCCAACAAUGGACAUGGACCAGAAAAAUGCUGUUUUGAUUACCUGAAGAAUCCAAACCCUAAACAAAACAUCAUAUCUUAUACCAAAACAGAGCAUCAAUGUCCAAAACCUGGAGUCAUCUUUAUCCUGAAGAAAGGAUACCAGGUGUGUGCCGACCCCAGGGUCGAGUGGGUGAAGGAACGCAUGAAAAAAAUUGACCAGCUCAAGGUUAAAAACAAGACCCGACCUAAAACCACUGUUUAA